GCUUCCUGAUUGAGCACGCGCGGUGUACCGCGGUUGCUAUGGAGACGCGUGGCGCUGGCCCGGCGCUCCGCUCCGCACCGGGAGCCACGGGGUGCGCAGUGGGUCUCCGGCUGCCCCAGGCACAGGUGGCGGCCCCGCGGGCAGAUGGACCACCGCAGUGAGGCCGCGGCGUCGGGGUACGGCGAAGAUUGCGAGGACCACAAGGAAGACCGGGAGGGCGGCACUGCAAGCUCGAAGGGGUCCAGACUGCCUGCCAUCGCCGGCAGCACCUCAGAGCCCACCGAACAGAAGGUGAAGAAAAAGAAGAAAAAGACCAAGGGGUCGGGCAAGGGGCACGCAGAGAAACAUCAGAAUCGAGGCCUGAAGAAUCAGCAGCUGUCGACAUCUUUUCAUGGCAUCUUAAAUCCCAGCAAAGAUCACAGCCCGAGGCAAGAGUGCAGACAGGACAAAGAGGAAAACACGCUUACCCCUUCUUUCUCCUCCAGCGUAAGUCUCCCCCACUUUGCUGAAAUAGAAGAGAACCUCUCGAACGAGGUCAAUGAGAGUCUGCGUUGGGAUGGAAUUCUCAAUGACCCAGAGGCAGAACAAGAAAGGAUUCGCAUAUAUAAACUGAACCGGAGGAAGCGGUACCGGAUUUUGGCCCUCAGCGGCUUCCACUCUGAUCCCUGUGCCGAGGAUACCCCUGAGAACCUAGCCUGUGUCUCAGACAAAGACCGUGGCACCAUCAACAGGCAGCCCUCAGUCAAAGCUGACCUCCCUAAUCACUGCUUUGAAGGAAACCUUACCCCAAAGCUCCUACACUAUGAUUUAGCUACUGCUCUGCCUGAGUGAAAAUCCACCCGUGAUACUGACAAGCUUAUAAUUUAUCCUUACCUCAAGUUUAUGUGUUCAAAAAGAAGAAUAAAAGGAAAUCAGACCUACA